AUGCCUCCUCCAUCUUCUUCAUUUUCGCUUGCAGACUCCCUUCUGCAUUAUUCUACUCCCGGCGUCGCUCCCCCGUCCUCUCGUGUCGAUCCGAAGCUUAAGCUACAACCUAGAACUCCCUUGAGGAUGUGGGAUUAUUGGAAGUUCGCCGCACUCGUCGCUUCAAAAGCGACCGAACUUACUUCGGAUGUUCUUUCUCAUCAUAUAUGGGGCCCAAGGCGCAAAUCUUGGGGCAUAGAAAUGACUAUUGUUACAAGCCUUAUCCGUGGUGCUGAGCGUCAUAGCUCACUUGUCGACAUUGGCACGAUUCGCAUGAUGAUGAGCAUCGGUGGUCUCGUCCCCUUGCCAUCAGAUGCCCUCGUGACUCCUGUUACUUUUCGCGUCAGGAGGCGUCAACUCCGAGGCAUCCUCGCGGAGUACGAUGCCCUCGAAUCAGGUUUGCGGGAGCUUUGUGGGGAGUGGGUUGUGGGGAAAAAGACUUGGCAGCGCCUCCAGACAGAGUGGAAGGCGGGGAAUCACUCCCACGGCCCUGGUGAACCCAAACGGAAGGAGCGUGUUAUUCUCUACAUCCAUGGAGGUGCCUACUACCUUUCUAGCGCGGCCGCCCAGCGAAUCAUCUCGAUCCCUCUUUCAAAGUACACAGAUACACGUGUUUUUGCUUUGGAUUAUCGAUUGGCUCCCGAAACUUGUUUCCCUGGACCCUUGCAUGACGUCGUAUCCGGAUAUUUUAGGCUGGUAGAAGACCUGCACAUACCUCCAGAAAACAUCAUAGUAUGCGGAGACAGCGCCGGAGGUGGUCUUUCUCUCGCUUUGUUGAUGUAUCUGAGGGAUAACAGCUAUGCCAUGCCGUCUGGUUGCAUUCUCAUGUCUCCCUGGGUCGAUCUCACGAUGAGUUGCGAAUCUUGGGACUCCAACGCGCCCUAUGAUGUGGUUCCGUGCCCGACACCUGAAAAUCAUAUGAACCCCAUCGCCCUCUAUCUUGGAGAACACACAGAGCAAUAUCUUACACACCCUUAUGCGAGUCCACUGUUUGGGGAUCUCAAAGGACUUCCUCCGUUGCUUAUACAAGCUGGCGACGCGGAGGUAUUACGGGACGAGAUCACGUUGCUCGCACAUAAGGCAACACUGGCAGGUGUUCAAGUCAGACACGAACUUUAUGAAGAUGCUAUCCAUGUUUUCCAGGCCUAUCCCUUCCUUGAUGCCUCCCGGCGCUCCUUUCAGUCUAUGCGGGACUUUGUUUGCGAUGUCUUACCUCAAUAUCAAAGCCGAUCCCCUCAACUUUUAUGUGCAAAUGCAGAGAAGGAAUUGGAACAAGAGAUUGAGAGCGAUAGGGCUGUUAUCGUUAGCGGAGAUGGCGCCGAGUCCAACUUGGGAAUGGACGGUGUCAAAGAAAAAUUUGCAAAGAAAUCAGACGACUCCGAUUCGACCGGAAGUGAAUACGAUGAUGCAAGUUGGGUGCAAUCACCUGUGUGGCCUCGGAAACCUUCGUCUCGUCUCUUCACACUUGACAAUGACGCUGAUGCAGAACUAGAAGAUUUAGAGGACCUUGCAGAUCUAGAUAUUAUUCCCGAAUUACAACUCUCACAACCGCCAGCGCUAUCAGCCCCGCCUACACCACUGCCGACAGAUCCUUCCUUUACUCCAGGGCUGCGUCGCAUUCACUCUGCCUUUUCCAAUGUUCUUCCGCACCUAGAUGCCACACAACCAGUUCGUCCUCAACCGAGGCACCAUCGAAGCUCGCAUACACUUCGAACGACGGCGAACUUUGGGAUGUCAAGCGUUCAAUCACCUCCUCCUUCACCUUCCAUCCGACGCAGUUUUGCUAGCGCUAGCCAUCCAGACAUCACAUCCCUCGUUGAAAACUGGUCACACUCCGGGCCUGCCAACCAGACGACGCUAUUUACGACCCAACAUUACGCGAGUCAUUCAUCGCACUUAUCAUGA